CUGACGAUGCUGGUGCAGAGCCCCCUGGUGACGGAGCGCAAGGGCGUGCGAGUGUACGUGGUGAUGGGGUGGGUGUUGCCCUUUAUUUGUAUGAUCCAUGGGUUGUCGUCAAAGCCGUACUCGAAAAUAGAUACUGCUGGAAUUUUCAGCAUAACUCCGGUUACUACUGGAUUCAUCGAGGUCCGGGAGUGGCAGUCAUCGUGAUCAAUCUUUCUCUUUUUAUCAACAUUUUUCGGAAAUUGUUUAUGAAAAUCCGACAAAGUUCUGAGCUGGGCGCCAGCGGUCGUGCAAAGUACAGAAAGUUGGGAAAAUUUAUUUUGGUGUUGAUUCCCCUCUUCGGCAUCAUGUACUUGGUCUUCUAUGUCGUGGUGCCAUCGAGUUUUGAGAACGAAAACAACUCGCAUAACAUCGCUUACCUGUACCUCGAGAUGACCUACAACUCCUUCCAGGGAUUUCUGCUUGCACUGCUAUUCUGCUUCUUGAACGAAGAGGUACACGGCGAGCUGAAGCGUUUGUGGUACCGACACCGCUACAGGAAAGGUGACCCGACGGCUUUCUUUCGCUCCUACGGGGCGUCCUCUUGCCGCAAGACAGCCUCGGCGUCCAUCCGUUCUCAGUCGCCUCCCUUUGCCUCACAAACCCGCAUCCGAACCGGCUCCCUGUCCUCGCAAAGCUCCGAGAAGCUCUCCGAGCAUCUCUUCUCCGCCAGCGACAAGCGGGGCGCUCGCGGCAAGCGUUCGCAGUCCUUCGACCUCGAGCAACACCCGCUGAAGCCGGUACCGGAAGCGCACCAUGGAGGUCAGCUGCUGCGCCAGGCCAUCAAGACCAACGCCGCACAGAAAGCAGCUUUGAGGAAACAAAGCACGGCCGAGUCGACCUCCAGCGGCGAGAACUCGCCCUUGACUAUCUCCACCUCACCCACCGAGUGCGAGACAAAGUUUGUUUUUGACAGGAAUCGAAACAGCAGCAGUUCUACGUGUUUGUGAGACUUAAACUGUUUGAAAUCCUGCGGGACGUGAACCAGACAGCAAGGAAGGGGGAAUGAGGGCUGGGGGGAGAGCAAAAACACGCCUACAGAGCUGAUUAAGUUGACCGCCAAGCCAGUCUCGAAAACAGAAGUUUGUUACUGGAUUGUGUCGACCGUCAACUGGGUCUUGGCGAGGGCUGCCGCCUUUGUGUUUGUUUACAAUGGGAUCAGUUAAGUAGUCGAGGACUGACAACUUUGUGUUUGUUUGCAAUGGGAUCAGUUAAGUUGCCGAGGGCUGACUGAUGGCUACAUUAAAGCGCUGGCUCGCUGAUGCUAUUGUCUCGACCAUGCUCACAUUAUGUGAAUGUUCAAACUGGGGUAAAAAAUAUGUGAGUGACCUCGUGAGUUACCGGCAUUGUAGCAUCCAUGAUUGGAGUUGAUGUUCUUCAGUGUAACGCUACCUCGGGUACUGUUAGCAGACGAUAACUAGUGGUCUGCAAAACAAGUAACAAGAAAAUUCGCUGUCACUUAUCAUAUCCAUGUAUUUGAAG